CUAUCUAUCUCUCUAAUGAGAAAUAGAGGGUAGCAAAAUCCUUAAGAGUUGAGGGAAGAAAGCUUGAAGAAGUUCAGCUAUGGCAGUUGAGUCAGGGGGGAGUCUAGAAGUUACACCCACAUGGGCAGUGGCCACAGUUUGCUUCGUUUUGAUCUCUCUUUCUCUACUCAUCGAAUACAUAUUUCACCUCCUCUCCAAAUUAUUUCAAGCCAAGAGGAAAAAAUCACUCCUUCGUGCUCUUGAACUGGUCAAAUCAGAGUUGAUGUUACUGGGCUUCCUCUCUCUGUUGUUGACUGUAAGCCAGAAGCGAAUUGCCAACAUCUGCAUAACGAAGAAGGUUGCUGAGUUUUUUCUCCCAUGCAAAACUCUGGAGAAUGAUGAGAAUGAGGAAUCCAAAUGUCUGGAACAGGGGAAGUUAUCUUUGAUGUCAAGAGCUGGUGUGGAACAGCUCCAAUACUUAAUCUUUGUACUAGCUUUCUUCCAUGUUUUCUUUUCAACUCUAAUCCUUUUCCUUGGAAUGUUUAAGAUGAAAAGAUGGGAAUCUUGGGAGGCAGAAACUUCAACUUUUCAAUAUCAGUUUUCAACUGAUCCUAGAAGGAUUCGGAUGAUUCAUCAAACAUCGUUUGGGAAACGACAUUUACAGUCUUGGUCCGAACAUAGGCACCUUCGGUUGCCGGCUUGUUUCUUGCGUCAAUUCUUUAGCUCUGUAUCCAGAAUAGAUUAUGUUACCCUUCGACAUGGAUUCAUAAUGGCACAUUUUGAUGAAGGAAGUAGCUUUGAUUUCCAAAAAUACUUGAAAAGAGCUUUAGAGAAAGACUUUGGUGAAGUGGUGGGAGUGAGAUAUUGGAUGUGGAUUUUCUAUGCAAUUUUUCUAUUCUUAAAUGCUCGUGUAUUUCACAACUACUAUUGGCUACCCUUUAUUCCACUUGUGAUGUUGCUGGUUGUUGGCACAAAAUUACAGAGCAUCAUAAUUAAGAUGUGUUUGGAUACAAAAGAUAGAUCCAUUGUGGUUGAAGGAGGUUUACUUGUCAAGCCAUGUGACUGUUACUUCUGGUUUGGAAACCCUAAACUGGUUCUCCACCUCAUUCACUUCAUAUUGUUCCAGAAUUCUUUUCAAAUGGCAUUCUUCACAUAUACUUGGUACACAUUUGGGUUAAGAACUUGCUACCAUGAAACAACAGAGGACAUUGUCAUCAAGAUAGCAUUUGGAUUGCUUGUUCAUAUCCUCUGUGGCUAUGUUACUCUGCCUCUCUAUGCUUUAGUUACACAGAUGGGAACAUCUAUGAAACUUGCUGUUUUCACUGAUGGGGUGGCAAAGGGUUUGGAAAGGUGGAGGAAAAAUGCCAAGAAGAAAAUAGCUAACCGCCCCAAUAUUCCGACUAUGGAUGCUUCGAUAACUUCGCUUUACACUUCUGCAUCUUUCGAUACGAUUGAAUCCCGUAGUUCUUCCUCUUCGGAACUUGAUAAUAAUUCAUUGGCUGAUGGGAGUGCGAGGUUUAGGGAUGUCAAAACGAGAUAUGAAGAAGACAUUGUUGAUGAAGAACAUGAGAUAAAGAGGAAUGCUAGGAAGUUGGGAUCGUUCGAUGAUCAGAACAUUGAUUUCAACAAAAACCAAUAAUUUUUACAUUCAAAUGUUUUUCUUUCUUCUAAUUACUAUGAUUGGUUUGCAUAUAGAUUCAGUUAGUUUGGCUUAAUGAAAGUUAAGGCUUGUAUAAUUAUUAUGAAGUGAUUAUGUAAUUCAGUUGAUCUUAAUAUGCAUAGCUUGUAUAGAA